UGCGUAUGAAUCAAAAAUGGCGAAUUUCGGAUAGUUCGAUGCAUAUAGUUCGCGAAAUUUUUAAGCGUUUUCAUACUAAAACCCAUCGGUUAAUCAAAAUCUUACUGAUUGAAUACACAAUAAAAUGAAUACUGUCGUCGAGACGGAUGUUAAUGAUAUCUUUAAGGAAGAAAUCGUCAGCGUGAAAACCAUAGACCAUUGUCAAAGCACAGACAUUUUGCAAAGGAUAUGGGCCAAAGCUCUAAAUCAUGUCUACAAAAAGGAUACCGCCUCAUUUGAAACAGUAGCACAAUUUGUCUUGCAGCACACUGAGUCAAUGUUGUUUGGGUUCAACUGGAACUCAGUGCCCCAUCACGAUGUACAGCAAAUUGAAGAACACAUAACCCAAUGGCUACCGUCAUUAACGAGCCCGAUAUUACGUGAUAAGUGCCAACAUAUAUUAGAUCAUAUCCAUUCACCUCACAGCCAUCCAAUAUUAAAUAAAUUGAAACGAGAGAACAUAACGAAGGACUGGUUACACGAUGCCAUUCAAUAUUUAAUGAUGGAGACCGGUAGCACAAUCGUUCAAAGGCUAAAAGUUUACUCAAGUUUCCCGGACUAUGCAAUGAUUAUCCAGUACGCAAAGAAUUGUUGGGGCAUAAUUAGUAGUUUAAGUUUAGAUCAUCCGUUGUCGAAAGCAAUAUCAGUUGAUGAAUUUUACUCCAUAUUGGCAUAUCAUUUGACAUCGAUGUACACCACCGGUGAUUUGAAUUAUAUUUUUCAAGUGAUUAUCGAUAUGGAGAUAACCGAAACGCUCAAAUUAAUAGAAAAAUUUCCGGUAAUAUGCGGUGAAAUGGAAGGAAACGGCGAAAUUGUCAUCGAUUUGCUGUACAAAUAUCACUUCAACGAAUUUCUACGAUCAACGGAUAACAAUACGUCCGUUGAUGAACAUCUAAUGAUUUUAACGAACAGCUACUGUCAACGAUACAAACACAAGUCGCCAAAUGAAUUUGGCAAUUUAAUAUUGGAUAUUGCGUCGACGGGACUCAAUUGCCCCACCAAAAAACUGUUCAUCGUUCUGCAUGUAAUACACAAUGAAUGCACCGACAGUCAUUUAAAUUUCAAAUUGAGACUGGCUUAUUUGGGUCUAACCCACGAUUUCAAUCAGCUUGAACUGAAAAAAGCUGACAUCGAUUGUGAUAUGUACGACAUAAUGGCAGCUGAAGCUGAGCUGUCCGAAUUUUUUGUGUUCUUGGGCGAUGUUUUGAUUAAAUUCCCGGAAAUACACCGCGAAUGCUUCUUAACGGCAUUUACCCUGAAUCCCAGUCAGCAAUUGUACCAAAAACUUAAAGACAUUGCCAGCAGUCAAGGAAUCGACUCGUCCAGUGAUGUACCGAAAGGGUCCAUUCCAGCAAUCACAAACACUGGCUACCUAGUCACUCACAACUACAAUCCGUUCGAAUCGCCCAAUUUUAUCAUGGACACCAAUGAAAUUGACAUUGACGUGCGUGAAGACUUGUCCCGAGCAAUUACGCAUCCACGGCUUAAGUUCAUUUCCUGGGGAAUGCCGUACGAUGAAUUUUGCGACCUUUGCGAAAAGCUGAUGGCUGGACAAAAGGAGGAAUUUACGAAGAAUGUUGUAGCGUUGGCUAAUGAAAGCUUGGAGUACGUUGAUAUCGACUUUACGAGAUUCAAAGACUUGCCGGAGAGGGAAGUGGACGAUGGCAUCGAAAAGGGCUAUCACAUGUUUUUGGAUGAUGAAGAUUCAUCCGAAGAGGAUGACGACAAAACAAUGACGUCACCAGAAGCGGCCGAACUGAUUAAAGAAGACGAAAUUAGGUUGAAAAAGAAGAAAACAGUUUUGAAGAGGAAGAGCACAAUUUGCAAAAAACUCAUGGAGAACGGUGUGCCGAUGAAAAAGAUCCUAAUGAAAGCUCCACCCCGAAAGAUUCCUCGUCCACCGCAAUGUAAUCGAAUCGAUUGGAAACAUAUCGAGGAAUUGAAAGAGUAUUUCAAAGAGCACAGCCAGCUAAUCAAAGCAACACAGAUGUUCAAUGACGCACAAACACUCAUCGACAAAUUAACCGAAAUGUCGGCCAACAAGGAACCACAACUUCCAGAACAAAGCAGCACAAAUGCAGCCAUGGGCGCCAUGAGUGGUGAUGUAAAUUUAAACAUUAUUCCAAUAGAUCCGAACACUGGCGUUGUUCUCAACCAUUCAUCAUCGACUGAACAUGAAAAUUUUCCUAACACGUCAUUGGUGUUGCCAAAUGCUAUCUCACACAUCACAGAUACGUCGAAUAUUGCAGCCGUCAAUUUGCCAACACCAUCAACAUCAAUGACGUUACCGAAUCCAAACGAUCCAGUGGCUGAAAUUACCAAACAGAUAUUACAAUUGUUGGAUGAUGUGGACGCAGAAUUGCGACUGCAUUACAGGCGACAAAAGAACUACCUAGCAGGUAUAAAACGCAAAAUGAUCAAAACGGGUGGUAUUGACAAGACCAAUGCUGACAGCAAACCAAAUCAAAUUAGCGCAACGACCGAUGAGAAUGCUUCAAUGGAUGUUCUUCCCGCGUCAAAUUCGUCUAAUAUUCCAAUCGAACAAAAUGUGAAUCCUGUCGAUGUGAAAGUUGAAGACAUGAGGAGGGAGACCUACGAUGUAUUUACCUCGAAUCAGUUCGAAAGUACGUCAUCGAUGUCUGCACCAUUAAUGAACUUUACUCAGUUUACUGAUCCAUCCUCAUACGGACUGGGUCCACCCCAAGGAUUCAUUGAGGAUAACAAAGAUUUUGUCAACGCUUUCCUUGAACCCAUCCACAAUUCCUACACGCCGAGUUCAACAAUGUACGACACGACGCCUCAGUCACUUCCAGCACCUGAACAGUCUACGAAUCAUUACGAUGAGAUUAUAAAUAUGGUUGCGACUUCAUACGUUGAUGACGGCGAUUCACCAGUUGAUAAGCGGAAAGCAACGAAGAAACGGAAAAAGCUAAGCGUACCACAGCAGUGCUCAAAUGAGUCACCGAUCCAACAAAUGUCCAUCAUGAACAAUAUCGGCGCAUCUGCACCGCUUAUUGAAACGUAUGGAAACUCUGAACCAAAUGGAUACGGCCACUACAAUGACUCAUCAACUACGAUCACAGAGCUUGACGUCAGGAAAGAUGAAUUAGGAAUUGGCAUUUUUUGCGCUCCAAAUGUGCCCCAGGUAAUGCCCGUUGACGGUGUAACAACUGAAAUUAAAAUAAAAAAGCCACGCAAGCCGCGAGGACCCAAUAAACGUAAAAAGGUGAAGCCUGACUCCGACCAGUCGAUUGCAGAGGGUCCCGACGGAAUCAAAAUCAUUCAGGGACAGCUAGGUGAAAGUGGUCAAAACGCUCAGUUAGCGACUGAAGUAUUGGAACCGAAAAAAGUCAAGCCUCCAAGAGCUCCCAGACCGAGAGUUCCCAAACACACGCUCCCAGAUGGUUCUACUGACAGUUCUCAUUUUACUCCGAACUGUAAAUUAUCCGAUUUGCCCGAUGAUGUGCUGAGUGAUAAAGGCAAGUCGUAUAUGGACUCAAUAGAACGGGCGAUACAAAAAGUGAUGGCUGGCGUUGAAUACGAUAUUCAGCCGCCGAAAAUUAUCAAUUCCGAUGAGAUGACCAUGAUGGAAAUUGACGGUGUGUUGGAGAACAUUCUGAAUAUGAACAACGGAAUAAACAACGGAGUUUCGGUCAAUCGAGACGAUUGCAAGGCAACAGUCCCAAAUCAUAGUAGAAACAAUUCGACCAUAGAGCAGGACUACACGGAAAACUUUGACUUGGACUUGACGAACGACAACUUGUACCAGGAUGGAAAUGAGCCUGUCGAAUCGUCACAACCCCCGGUAGAAGAAGACAAAAACAAAGUGACAAUCCUGUCGGAACUUCUUGCUGACGAGCCUCAGUACUUCUCUGCCGAUCCAUCAAUGGGAGGCGAUAAUUGCGAUUCAUCGAAUUUGAUGAACACAUCGACGGACACAAGUGGAAACUAUUCAACCGAAUUUAAUGGAUUUGCCGAACUGAUCUUACCGCCAUCGAUUAAAGCCGAAUGUCAGCCUGAAUGUGCGUUUACACCUUCCGAAAACUGUACCUCAUACACCGACAUCAGUUACAAUACCAAACCGAGUUCGACACUGGGCACGGAAAUGAAUGAAGCUUUCGUUAAACACGAUACCGAAAUCGAAGUCAAUGACGUUUUCGUUAAACCGAAGACAGAAAUCGACAGGUCCAAUGGCCAGUCUACUUCGAAUCAAUUUGUAAAGUCCACCGUAGAACGUCUUCCACAACACUUUCCAAAUGCCGAACCGCAGAAAGUGGACCUGAAUAUCAGGCCCGAUUAUACAAACUUUGCUCAGGAGCCAGUUGGAUUCCAACAACAGUCUGACUACCAAACAUGCAAUAUUAUGGAGAAUGUCAGCAGCCACCCAGCAAUACCAACGAACUCGCCAAUUAUUUCUCCACCUCCAGUACAGAAAGUAAAUGGUACCACAGCAUCAACCAAAUCGGACAGAUUAACUUCUUCACUUCGUUUAAUUCGUAAGCCAAAUUUCCGUCAAUCUAUGUCUUCGACGACUGCGAUAAAGACGAGGAAAUUGUCGAUUCGUUUGGAUCGGAGCGUUGUCGAUGACUUCCUAGCAACGCAGAGAAAGAAUGCAGUGCGAUUACUCCAACCGAUAGUUGUGCUUAGGCGGCUGGAAGACGAAGACGGCGAAAGUACUGUGAAGCGAUCAAAGACCAGCCGAAUGGGAAAAAGGAAGCAAAAUCGUGCAAUAUGGGAUGGUGAAACGGUUAAAGAUAAAAAGACUUUUAAACGACGACGAGAUGAUAUGGACGACGCGGAAGGCAGCAGUGGCUUUACGGGUGGAAGUGGCGGUAGUUGUUAUUCGUCUGAUAGUCAAAGUGGAUCGUCAGGAACUAGAGACUCAGUAGAUUCACCGCCGCCGAAGUCAACCAAUGGUGCGAGCGAUUCUAUCGAACACUGCAAAGAGGUCUCCUGUUCAGUGAAAAUGGUGGCGUCAGACUCUUGGAACAAUUUACUGGCUAAACAUGAAAUUAAUUUCUCGACACCAUGUUCGGGCAAGGACGAAGGCACGUAUUUUAAUUAGAUCGUCAAAAUGUGAUGGCGCGUUGAAGAAAGAAUGAUCUUCAAUUGAAAUGCAAAAAGUUGUAUUGAUUUUUUUAACUCCAAAAAUUUUUAUUUUAUAAUUAUGGAAAAUGUAAACAUUAUCAAAGCUAAAUUGAAGCUUUCAUUGAAAUGAUGAUGAAGAAGAAGAAAAAUUUAAAUAUCAAAAAAAAGAGAAAACUUUAAGAAGCUAAAAAAUGAACACAGAAAUUAUAAUUAAAACGUAGAACAAAAAACCUAACAAUUUUUAGUGUGUCAUUCGAAAUGUGAUGGAAAUGUUCCAAUAGGAAUUGACCAUCCAACCAUCCCACAUACAAUUGCAUUUUGUGACUCUAAACACUAUAUUAAUUAGACAGAAGAAAACAAUGGAAAUGAAUGCAACAAUGUUGAAAUGUUAAUGUCUAUUGUAAAUAGGAUUUUGCCGAAACGAAAAAUGUAAAAUUAUUUAAAAAAAUAAAUAAAAAAAAAUAAAAAAAAAUAUGUUGAAGCCACAAA